AUGGCCAGUAGCUUCUCCUUGAAACCACUAGAGUGCAGCAGCAUGAUGAGGAGCUGCUGCAGCCAUAUUUCUGCAGCUGCUUCUGCAUCGCCGCCGGUCAGGCAAUGGCCACGCAGCAUUUCAUGGCGGCGGCACAGCAGGCAGUUGCAAUGCCGCCGGUCGUCGCAACAGGGUUACUCCGCCGAAAGAAAACGGCAUGACGGCCUUGACGACGAAGGUGACAACCGCCUCAUCCAGAACUCCGGCAUCUUUCACCCAUCUAUCUGGGGAAAUAGCUUCAUUGGCUACUCCGACCCAGCUGCAGCUAAUUCAUCGCAACAACAGCAGAUUCAGAUGGAAGAACGAGCGGACAAACUCAGGGAAGAAGUGGCCGAAAUGGUAGCAAGUUCAACUUCCACUACUGCUAGUAGGCUGCACCUCAUCGAUGCACUGGAGCGUCUAUGCUUGGAUCACCUGUUCGAACAAGAGAUCAGUGCUGCACUAGCAGAGAUUGAGACUGCAGAUGUUAGUGACUAUAAUCUUGGAACGGUUGCACUGUGGUUUUGUCUACUCCGGAAACAUCAAUACAGGGUGUCGCCAGAUGUGUUUGUGAGGUUCAAAGACGGAGGAGAUUUUGUAGCGGACAGUUCUAGAGACCUACUUAACCUUUACAAUGCUGCGCAUAUGAGGACCCAUGGAGAGAUAAUACUUGAGGAAGCCAUGCUAUUCAGCCGAAGGCGUUUAGAAACAAUGAUACCCUAUAUGGAAGGGUCAUUAGCACGUGAAAUAAAAUCUGCACUUGAGAUCCCUUCCCCUAGAAGAGUUAGAAUCUACGAGUCAAAGUAUUGCAUCUCUGAGUAUGAGAAACAUGCCACGGUGCAUGAGAAGGUGUUGCAACUUGCAAAGUUGAACUCAAAUAUUAUGCAGCUCCAUCACCAACAUGAGCUGGCUAUCAUUACAAGGUGGUGGAAGGAUAUACAGGUUGAAACAAGACUUCCAUUUGCUCGAGAUAGAGUCGUGGAGUGCUAUUUGUGGAUAUUAGGGGUAUACUAUGAACCAUGUUAUUCACGAGGCCGAAUAAUAUUAACAAUGAUUAUCGCCAUUGUGACCCUUUUGGAUGAUAUUUAUGAUUCUUAUGCAACUCCAGAAGAAUGUGAAUUACUUACCAAGUGCAUUCAAAGCUGGGAUUCAAAGGGGGCUCAUGACCUCCCAGAGUGCAUGAAAUUUGCUUUGGAGAAAAUAUUGGAUAGCUAUGAAACCAUUGAAAAUAUGCUCCACCAGGAGGAGAAAUAUCGUAUGCCAUAUCUAAGAUACUUUACAAUAGACCUGGUUACAAGUUUAAACAUGGAGGUAAAAAUGCUUCAAGAAGGAUAUAUUCCGAAGUCUGUUGAGGAGCAUCUAAAGGUUUCAAUAAGAACUGGCGGAUGUCCCAUUUUGUCGUGUGCUUCCUUUGUUGGGAUGCAUGAUGUAGCAACAGUGGAUUGCUUUGAUUGGGUUUCUAGUGUACCUAAAAUGGUCCAGGCACUUUCUGUGAUUCUCAGACUGGUAGACGACCUCGAGUCAUAUGAGCGAGAGCAACUGAUCCCUCAUGUUGCUUCGACAAUCGAUAGCUACAUGAAGGAGCAUAAUGUCUCGAUUGAAGUUGCACGUGAGCAGAUACACAUACUCAAAGAGGAAUCAUGGAAAGAUUUUAACAGCGAGUGGCUUAACCCAGCCAAUGCCUACCCAAGGCAGCUAUUGGAGCGGAUAUUCAACUUGACGAGGACAAUGGAGUUCAUGUACAACCAAGAGGAAAAUUUCACAAACUGUCACAAUCUAAAGGAUUUCAUCCAACUAUUGUUGUUGGCUGAACCAUUUACGAUCCCCAUGAGCUAG